AUGAGGCACACUGCAUUGGGACAUGAGGUGGAAAAUUCAGAACCGAUUACGAGAAACUUGGAUAUCUGCGCUGUUUCUGCUACUUUACCGUCUCAGUUUCUAUCGAAUGUCAAUGGUAAUACGUUUCAAAGAACCCUUACGUGGUCAAAGCUGUAUGGUUAUCUUGGCAACCUAUCAUCAAUUAUCCAGCGCCUUGAUCGGGCAGCACGCAGCCCGGCACUUCGGGACGAAGGAAUAUUGCUUACCACAGCCAGAGCUCCAGGGAGAGCCGAAGACGACAUCAAGGACUAUGUCCAUGCUCAGAGUUGUCGUCGAAUAUUUUUAAAUGGAUUUUUCGGCAAUGAUUACAAUGAUAUUGAGAACUGCUGUGAUAAUUGUGAUCCCGAUACACAAGAGUCUUCACCACCACUGGAGACCACAUUAGACAUGAAGAUGGUCGACGUAGAACCUAGUAAGCAAUCAACCGACAUAGAACCUGGCGAGCAGUACCUGAAAAAGAGGGAUACUAUCAUGUCGGACGACAGGAUCAAGAAGCUUGCUAGCAAGAGUGUUGGUAUUAUGACACCAGAAUCGAUUUUUGUUGCUACUGGUUGGCUGUUUCCUAGGACUGAAUACGCACUGGCAUUGUGCAAAAUAAUAGUAGAUUUGAACGCAGACACCGUAUUAAAGAGGCAGGCAACAAGUGGUCGAUUAUCACCCGAGGAACAAAAUUCCCAAGCACUGCAACGGCAAAUGACGUACCUACGCCAGACUAGGCACUUUAAUUAUAUAACAUCAAAGGAUGUACAACCGCUUCAGCACUUUUUAAAGUCACAGGUAGAUUAUAAGGCAUUGCCUCAAAGAUCAGAGCCGCAUCGGCGGCUUGUGCAAGUAUGUAGAGAUAUGGUUGUGGCACGCGUAGGAAGGGAUCUUAUAGCAGUAGAACAAGGGGAGUUACGGUGUUGGCAAGAGCACCAUUUCUUCAAUAGCUCGGAGGAGGGUGAAGUAUUGUGGACAGAGCUCCUAAGAAAGUACUGGAGAAUGAGUUGGUGCGGGUAUUGCUGGUACAUCCGCCAUUGUAACAGCUACUACCGAGGCCACCAUCAUAGUAGUAGCCUUGCUGGGGGCAAGAAUCAGUGA